CUCUCCCUCUUUCUUGAAAUUGAUCCAAUAUUCUAUGGCUCCUGUCUCGUUACCUCCAGGUUUCAGAUUUCACCCAACUGAUGAGGAGCUAAUUACUUACUAUCUCAAAAGAAAAAUUAACGGUCUAGAAAUCGAACUUGAGGUUAUCGCUGAAGUUGAUCUAUACAAGUGCGAGCCAUGGGACUUACCAGGGAAAGCCUUGCUUCCGAGCAAAGACCAAGAAUGGUACUUCUUUAGCCCACGGGACCGGAAGUAUCCCAACGGUUCGAGGACUAACCGAGCAACCAAAGGCGGUUAUUGGAAGGCCACAGGUAAAGACCGCCGGGUUAGUUGGAGAGACCGAGCCAUUGGAACCAAGAAGACAUUGGUUUACUACCGUGGACGCGCGCCACAUGGUAUAAGAACCGGUUGGGUCAUGCAUGAAUAUCGACUCGAUGAAACUCAAUGCGAGCCUUCUGCAUACGGCAUGCAGGACGCAUAUGCACUUUGUCGUGUGUUUAAAAAGAUUGUGAUUGAAGCUAAGCCAAGAGAUCAGCAUCGGUCUUAUGUCCACGCGAUGUCGAAUGUGAGUGGCAAUUCGAGUUUUGACGCUUGUUCGGAUCUAGAGAUCAGCUCAACUACUCAUCAAGCUCAAAACGCACUCCGACCGCGAUUUGGAAACGGACGUUUUAGCUCAAACGCAAUGAUCAGCAACGAAGAUUGGUCACAAUACUAUGGUUCUUCUUAUGCACCGUUCCCUACUCCAUAUAAGGUUAAUAAUGAGAUCGAAUGCUCAAUGUUACAACACAACAUAUCUCUACCACCUUUGCGUGUAGAGAACUCGCCGGUCAGUGAUUUCUUUACGAGUAUGACUCACAACAACAAUCAUGGCGUUUUGGAGGACUUUACUUUCGCUGCAAGUAGCUCCAACCAUUAUAAUAGUGUUGGUGAUCAAGUGAUCCACAUAAGCAAUUAUGAUGAGCAGUUAAUGAUGUCAAAUCAUCAUAUGAACCAGGGAUAUACUGAGGAGCAGAAGAUCAUAUCGAGCUUGGAGAAUAAUGAUCAAGACCUUGGAUUUCAAGGAGAUAAUACCAAUGACAACAUAAACAUCGAUGAUUUCUUCUCGUUUGAUAUAUAUAACGAGGAAAACGUAAAUCAAGUAGAAGGUAACGACGAAGACGUGAAUACAAAUGAAACCCUUGAUUCAUCUGGAUUUGAGGUGGUCGAGGAAGAAAUUAGGUUUAACAACCAAAUGCUAAUCUCGACAUAUCAAACAACGAAGAUUCUAUAUCACCAAGUCGUACCUUCUCACACGUUGAAAGUUCACAUCAAUCCUAUUAAUCACAAUGUUGAAGAGAGAACACUGUUUAUUGAGGAGGAUGAGGAUUCUUGGUUACAAAGAGCUGAGAAGAUCACGAAGACAAAACUAACUCUUGUUGGUGUAAUGGCUCAGCAAUGUUACAAAUAUCUUGCGAUUUUCUUCUGA